AUGGCAGGCUUCCUGGUACCCUGUCCUCCAGUGAGGCUGUGCGUGGGUCUUACAUGUGUCCUGUCCCUUUGGAACACAGUGUCUGCUGUGAAAGGAGAACCCAAGAAGGAAAAGUUCACGUUCCUUCCUACAGCAGCAUCUGGACUUGGAGAAGAGAGGAAGGAAAAAGGGGUGGCUUUUCUCGAUACCACAGAGCUGCCUGCAAGGUCGGUCGAUCUGUCCGCCCUGAACCUGACAGAGCUGGUGAACGGAAUGCUGAAUAGAGCUUUAAAAGAUACCAAGAAGUUCUUCUCCUUGCUAAGCAUCACUUCCUACAGCUCCUUUGCCUUCCACAAGUUUUCUGUGGCCGUUUACAACAUUUCCAACCUGAAGACUGUGGACCCCACCAAAUUCCCCACCCGGUACUGCUACUGUGUGAACAACAGGACCAAUGACUUGUCAGAUUUCACGGCCCUACUGGUGGAUGUCAUUGGAAAUUCUACCAGCUACCUCACAGAGAUUUUUAAGUCAACUUCCAUCCUCUCCGUGAGUCAAACAAACGAAUCGGACUGCAUCUUCAUCUGUGUGAUGACAGGAAAGUCAGGAAGGGAUCUUUCUGACUUCUGGGAGAUGGCGGAGAAAUCUCCUGUUAUCAACUACACAUUCACCAGCAGCAUGUCUGGUGUUCUAGGUGCAGCUCCCAGGGGCACAGCUGUGACUUCAAAAUUCACAUCCACGAGCCAGCAGACACUACCAAGGACAAGCCCCCUGCACAGAGCCCAGAGCAGCAGGGCACCUGCUCCAGGGACCUCUCCCUGGACAGAGACAACUCCUCCUGCAGAGGGAGAGCCGGCCGUGAGCACGAACAGGCUUUCCAAGCUCCACGCCAGGGCCACAGCCAUGGCCACGCAGGGUGGUCCCUCUCCCACCCUCCCAGCCUUGGGAACCUCCACCCGUGGCACACGAACCCCGAGUCCAACCAAGGCACCUGCCCCGAAAUAUCCACAGACAGGUGACCUCCCUACAGCAUGGCCACUUACCCCUAAAGAAGAGCCAACCUUGGUCCUGGGACUCCACCAAGUCUCAAGGUGUCCUGAGCUGCUCCUUGAAGAGCGGGCCAUCACUGCCGCUCCCCUCACCUUGGCCAUCCAGAAGUUCAACCCUUGCCUGAUGGAGCUGUGCCGCUUUUUCCAGCAAUGCCUCUGCAUGAGCCAGAAGAGAGAGGCUAGAGCAGAGGCCAUGAGGUACUGUCUUCAAUACUAUUCCUGGUUUCUGAAGAAUGCAACAUACAUCUGUCAGAGGGUGAAAAGGGUGUCCCACUCCCACACGUUAAAACAAAAAUGCCUCCAGAAUAUCUGUCAGUCAGUGUGA